AACAGAACUCCAUCGACCCUGCUCACAGCGAGCUGGUGGUUACAAGCGCAGACCAAGCGGUUCCCAAACUUGGCUCAGAGUCCCCUGGGCAUCUUGGACACUCCCGAUCCCAGGUUGCCGCCCAUGCCAGUGUAAUCAGACUGGGGCCGGAGUUUUCAGGAUUCCCCCGGCUGAUUCCAGCGUGCUGGGAAGUUUGGGAACCACAGGCACAGGUUCCAGCGCCAGACUCCCAGGUUCUCAUCUCUGCCACUAAGCAAAUGUGCUUUUGCAAGUUACUUGAAUUGUCUUGCCUCGGUUUCCACAACUGUACAGAGGUGAUAAAGGUGGUACUAACAGGGUUGUGAUGAUUAAUGAAUGAACAUGUAAAACACAGCGUGUAGAAUGGCUGAAGACUUUAAGUGACAAGUCAAGAGAAGCUAAAGUAAAAAGCAAACCAAGGACUGUUCCAUGUUCGCCAAAGUACUCUGCUGGUCUAGAAUUACUUAGCAGGUAUGAAGAUACGUGGGCUGCACUUCACAGAAGAGCCAAGGAAUGUGCAAGUGCUGGAGAGCUGGUGGACAGCGAGGUGGUUAUGCUUUCAGCACACUGGGAAAAGAAGAGGACGAGCCUCGUCGAAUUACAGGAGCAGCUCCAACAGCUUCCCGGUUUAUUAGCAGAUUUAGAAUCCAUGACAGCAAAUCUGACUCACUUAGAGGCUAGCUUUGAGGAAGUCGAAAACCACCUGUUGAAUCUGGAGGAUUUAUGUGGACAGUGUGAAUUAGAAAGAUACAAACAUAUGCAGUCCCAACAAUUGGAAAAUUACAAGAAAAAUAAGAGGAAGGAACUCGAAACCUUCAAAGCUGAACUCGAUGCCGAGCACACCCAGAAGGUCCUGGAAAUGGAGCACGCCCAGCAAGCGAAGCUGAAGGAGCGGCAGAAGUUUUUCGAGGAGGCCUUCCAGCAGGACAUGGAGCAGUACCUCUCCACAGGUUACCUGCAGAUAGCGGAGAGGAGAGAGCCCAUGGGCAGCAUGUCGUCCAUGGAAGUGAACAUUGACAUGCUGGAGCAGAUGGAUCUGAUGGACAUCUCUGACCAGGAGGCCCUGGACGUCUUCCUGAAUUCCGGCGGCGAAGACAACACGGCACUGUCUCCGGUCUCAGGGCCCGCCUCGGGGGUCGGCCGGCACGACAUCACUCUCCAGGUCCCAAGGGCCGCCGAAUCCCAAGCUGCGCGGCCUUCCUCGCUGUCCGUCUGCCCCGAGCUGGCUGCCCCGGCCCCCCGCGACCGUGGCGAGUCCCCCAUCGUCCAGUCUGACGAGGAGGGCGUGGAGGCGGACACAGCCCUCGCCACGUUACACACGGACGACAGCGACUCCUAGGUCUGUGUGCUCCCACCGUGUGUCCCCUCACUGUGCAGGCAGGUGGUUUUUACCCAGUUUGCCAGUAAUGUGUGAGAAACUGACUGUAAGAACAGCUGACAAUAAAGUUCGUACGGAAGGGC